AUAAGCACAAUAACCUCAUCUCCGGAACUGUGAUCACAAUUGAAAUUAAAUGUUGAGUGUGAUUUAGCUAGAGUGUAAUUUUUUUUGAUUUAUUGAAACUUACUGUAAUCUAGGUUUAAAUCAAUGUAAUACAAUUUUGGACACGUUAUUUAUUGAAAUCAUUGCUAGAAUGAGUUCCUUUGAUCAUGUUGGUCCUCCAAGAUUACUGAAUAGUGAAGUACUUUUACCUAAUAGUGGAGAACAUGGAAAUCCAUGUUGCAUUCUAAAACUCAAUGUUGAAAAUAAAUCUAAUGUUGGUGAAACCACUAAGGAGUAUAAUAUUGGACUUCCAUCUACUACUUUAAAUAUCUUAUUAGACAGCUUUGGAAAAAUAAAAAAUCAGCUGCAUUUGUUGACUGAAAAACAAAAUAGCUGAUUACUUAUGUUAAUAAAUAUAUAUAUUAUUAGAAAAUA